CUGGGUGAGGGAGAGGGAGUGAGUGAGCCGUGUGCUGUGGCUUAUCCUUGUCCUAUGCGGAUUUCACCACUGACUGCCCGCCCGAGCGGCUCGCAUCAUCCAGGGUAGGCCGGAAUCUCAACGGUGACUUUCCCAUUCAAGGAAACACUCACUGUUCGGCUGCUCUCUCACGUUUUCCGGAUACAGGAGCGGAGGGGAUAAUUGUGGUUGCCCUGCUUAGCAGAUCCCAGCGGAGGGGAUAUUAUCGGGACUUGGAGAGGAGACAGCGAGGAGGCGAGGAUGCUCUGUGGACACGGCGAGAGAUGAGCAAUGGGCAAGGGGCAUCCUUUAAGUCCUGACAGAGAAGAGGAGCCGUCAUUGCCAUAGCUACCUCUCCUCUCCUCUUCUCCUCCGGUCCACGUUCCCCCUUUCACUCCCUCUCUUCACCUGUUGAGUGUUUGUUUGCUUUCCACUUGCUAUCCCUCUACAUCCUCCGAUUACCUGUCACCAUGACAACCUCAGCCCUGCGCCGGCAGGUGAAGAAUAUUGUGCACAACUAUUCAGAAGCAGAGAUCAAGGUUCGAGAGGCCACCUCGAAUGAUCCAUGGGGCCCGUCCUCGUCUCUCAUGUCAGAGAUUGCUGACUUGACCUUCAAUGUAGUGGCGUUUGCCGAGGUCAUGGGCAUGGUGUGGAAACGCCUCAACGACAGCGGCAAGAACUGGAGACAUGUCUACAAGGCCCUGACUCUGUUGGAUUACCUGCUGAAGACAGGAUCAGAGCGAGUGGCCCAACAGUGCCGUGAGAACGCAUUCACUAUUCAGACGCUACGAGACUUCCAGUAUGUGGACCGUGAUGGCAGAGAUCAGGGGGCCAACGUGAGAGAAAAAGCACGCCAACUGGUGUGUCUCCUCCGGGAUGAGGAGCGGCUCCGCCAGGAGAGAAGUCAAGCCCUGAAGACCAAGGAGCGAAUGGCUGGGGGAGGCAGUGGUGGGGGCGGAGGGGUGUACGGAGGGAUACCGCCAUCCUAUCACCCUGGCAGACGAACGAGCCAGCCCAGCAUGGCUGUUCUGUACGGGGAGGAAUUCAGCCGCUCCAGAGGCUCUCCAUCCUCCUUUAACUCCUCAUCCUCGUCUCCUCGUGCCGCCUCAGACCUGGAGCAGGCUCGACCUCAGACAAGCGGCGAGGAGGAGCUGCAGCUCCAGCUGGCUCUAGCCAUGAGCAGGGAGGAGAGUCAGAAGGAGCAGUGCUGUCGCCAAGGAGACGAGUCUCUGUUACAGAAGGCCCUGGAUGAGAGCAGGAGAGAGAGUCAGUCGGGGACACAGGAGUCUGCAAUGCUCGACCUAGUGGACAUAUUUGGCCCCUCAUCUGAGGCCGCACCUCAGCCUACUGACCCGUGGAACUCUGCCCAACCCACCAAUGACAUCACCUCUGACCCCUGGGACUCUGUAGCGGUCCACUCCAGCACACCUGUGAUCGGUAGCCCUUGGACGGCCCCUCCCUCAUCCUCCAACGUGUCCAAUCCUUGGGCUCCAUGUGCGGACUCACGCACAGACCCCUGGGAAACGGCACCUGUCUCCUCCAGUCCUGUCAAUCAUGCAUGGGACAGCCCAACAGACGGAGGUGGUGAUGGAAAAGAUCCGUUUGCUGCGCAGGAAGAGGAGAAACAAGAUGUUCCUCAAGUGUCCUCUCCUAUACCUGCUAGUCCCACAGAUGCAGAAUUGUUUGGUGUAAAGGCAGACUCUGACCUGUUUGCUGGAGCAGAUUCCAAGCCAGAUCCAUUUGGGAGCGACCCACCAGUAAAACCCCAGGUCAAUGGGCGAGAGUCAUCCAGCCCAGAGAUGUUUGAUUUGUCCCGGCUAGCACCCCCGCUCAGCGCCCCACCUACACGUGUAUGUCGAACCCCGGAGGCCUUCCUAGGACCCACCGGGGCCUCGCUGGUCAAUUUAGAUGCUCUGAUACCCUCCAACCCCCCUAGCAAGACGCACAACAACCCCUUCCUCUCAGGUCUGAGUGCUCCGUCUCCAACCAACCCCUUCCACUGCGACCAGCCUCGCCUCACCCUCAACCAAAUGCGACCAUCGUCUACAUCCCCGUUACCCCCCCACAUGCUCUCCUACAGCCCAUCGCUGCCUCUCCCUUUGCCCCACCAGCCACCCAUUCUCCCCUCCUCUCUUACACAACCUCCCGCUGGACUCCUGGACCUUCCCUCCAACCUCCCGCAGCCCCUGCUCCCCCUUUCUCCACGACCGGCACAGCGCACUCAAUCACAGACACACAGCCACAACCCUUUCCUCUGAGACCUCUUGCAUCUUUCCAGCUCUGGUCUGCAGAGGGAGACAACAGGAUGGACUCUUUUUGGAUUAAUCUAUGCCGACUACAAUGAGACUAGUUUAAAUGAGCCUGAACUGGACUGCGGAUCCUGGUCUGAUGUCAUUGUGCACACUUGAAGCGGAUAAAACUCGGACUGGAUGUAUUUGUGUCUGUCUAAUGACACAUCAGCUGCUAUAUAACCUGAACUCUUGAAGAAAAGCUAACACACACAUACGCACACACACAUGCACUCAGGCGCACUUAAGGGUGCAUAGACACAAACAUGCACACACCACCAAACUAACAGGGUGUAUCUCAACAGUCCCUUCGAUGCCUUUGCCCCAUCCACAGUGACAAGUCUGAGCACCCACAGAGCCAGAACUGUUCCUUUAGAAGAUCGUGAUGAAGCCACAUACUUUGAUUGUCCACCAAGAUUCACCAGGAUCCUUACCUCUGCUGCUUCACCGACGAAAGCAUGAAUGCAUCCCACCCCCCAAGACUCCAAACUAUUCUAUUCUGCAGAGCACCUGAGGCGAGUUCUUCAAAUAAAUCCUCUUUUUCUGACGAGUCAAAUUGUAUCUUGAGCUUUGUUGGCACAAAUGAAUCACCGCAGAAAGCCCAAAAAUGCGUUACUGUUAGAUUCAAGACAGCAAUCAGCACUGUUCAAGAACUAAUUGACUCAGGUAUUCCUUCCCACACACGGUAUACAUGAUGAUAUCUAUUUUGCAUUGCCUUGUUACCUUGCAAGCUCAACAGCAUCUGGUCCUGAGUUAGUUACGUUAUUUGUCGUAGUCACCCCAAGAUGAUUCAGGUGGAAUCAAAACUGGACUAAACCAGCCUAAGCUUAUCCUUACUGUCUCAAUCUGGACCUAAACUGAUUACUGAUUGUACCCUAUCGGACCCGCGUGCCUGUCUCUACAGCUGACCCACAAUGCAUUCCUGGCUGGUUCAUAUUGGCGCCAUGAAGGAGGACCUCAGGGAGACCGCUCUGUCCCUUCUCCAGUGAAAUUCAAAUGAAUUAGUGAAUGGAAAGGCAUUUGUCUAGGGAUAAAACGACAGGGAGAUUAAUGAUUUUAUGUCAGAUAUGAGCAUUAAAGUGAAGGAUGAUGAGAAUAGAUAAAGGAGAGGGGAGGAGUAAAAGAAAGAUGAAUAGAAAUAAAGUAAAAAUGAUUACAGAUGAUAAGCUGAUGUAUUGAGCAAUAGCUCAUCUACUCCGCUCCUCCUUUUUUUCGGUGUUAGGAACAGACGAUACGUUUGGUCAUCACUGCACUGAACCUGGACUUGAAUGUGAAAUGCCUGCCUAUAGAUACACACAGGCUUCGUACAUAUGUAUUUAACAGA